GAUAAAAUGUCCGAUGAGGUUAUUUCUUGUCUGGAAAAGUAUAUCCUCAACUUUGGUGUUUGUAAAUGUUGUGCUCUACGCCUGACUAAGGGUUAUCAUUGUCAACCGAGUGAUUUACUAAGCGCCUUUCAUUCACAAUCCUAUUCUAAAGAUUAUGUGUGUAAAAUAUGUUUUGGCCUAUUGCAUCAUUCAUUGUUAUGUGAUAUGCCAUUGACGAUGAGUACUAAUCAUGAUGAUGAUGGCGAGAAAUAUGCUCUAGUGUAUUUGUAUAAAAAGAUUAUUGAAUCAAAAUAUCAAUUUACAGCAUAUCAACUUCGGGUCACUGAACCAGUCAAUAUUACUAUACGUGAACAAUUUCUAUGGGAUGAACUAUUAUCUCUAAUAAACAAUAAUAAUAAUAUUAGUAAUAGUAGCGACAAACACGUUAAUGAAACCCAGAAUGGUCAGUCAUUUCUAUUCACACACAGCGAUAUUAGUACAUUAAGGUCGCAUACAGUGCCAGUGAAAACUGUCUGGAAAUGGAUUGUCGAACCAAAAUUAUCAGAAUUAUUGAAGGCGCCAGUUAUAUAUUCCCUACGAAAUGAUACUGAAUUGAAAUCAAUUAAAACAAAUGGAUUACAUUCAACUAAUCCAAAUCAUGAUCAAGAAUCAAAUAUUAUGUGCAUUAGUGUAGAAUUUUCACAGAAUUCUAUUCAGUCAGAUUUUAAUGCACUAGUAAAUUAUCUAGAGAAAUUUCCUUCUUCAUAUUCUAUUCAUUCUUUUCUUGUCCGAUUGAAAAAUUCAAAAAUACCGCGUAAACGUUCACGGUUCAAUUUUACUGAAAGAAUCAAAGCAACUGCAUUAAAACAACACAAAGAAGACGAAGAAAUAAUCAAUGAUGAAGAGGAUAAUGAAGCGAAGGAUGUAUUGAUGGAAGAUAAUGCUUGUUCAUUGGUUGAUAAUAAUAACAACAAUAAUGACAGUGAUCGUACACACUUAUCGAUUUCCAAUCAGCCAACAUCAGCGUUAUCAUCUGUGAUAAAUAUUGGUUAUACUUUAGACAGAUCAUGUCAAUUUUCUCGAACAGUGCUGACAGAGCUUUCUUCUUUGUUAAAAGAUGUUUGUUUACAUUCAGAUUAUAUUAAGAAGAGACUUUCUGAAGACAAUCAUUCCUUGGCAUUUAUGACAUUAUUAAAUAUCUCACGAAGUAUACCAUUGUGUUUAGCUGGUCGAUAUGUCAAAUUGAGUCGACGCUUACCACAAACUCCAUGGUUAAUUGGAACACAGCGUAAGUUGGAUUCUUCAGUGGAAGAGCUUAUCACUGGACUGAUAUUGCCUGAAUUCGGUGCAAAUGCUCAAAGUUGUUUUAUGUCAUCUGGUAGGGAAGAUGUUGAUGUCAGGUGUCUUGGUCUAGGUCGACCAUUUGUAAUUGAAAUCAAUAAUUAUGCAGUAUUACCAUCAGAAAUAGUUCGUAAAUGGUCGAUCAAUAAUAAUGCUGUUGGUGCAGAAUCUAUUGAAAUCGAUCCAUCUCAAUCAUUGGAUUUACUGAAAUUAGCAUCGUUGGUCAAUUCAAACACACAGGAUAAAGUGUAUAUAAGAGAUUUACAGUUGGUAUCAUCUGCAACUGCUUCAGCUAAAAUCAAAGGAGGUGAAAUGCAAAAGGCUAAAUGUUAUCGUGCACUAUGCUGGUGUCCAAAUGGUGGAAUCACAACAGAGAUGCUUAUGAAGAUGGAGAAGUAUGCGCCAUGCAUAUUUAUUAAGACAGCAGCGAAUAGCAAUGGUGAUGAUAACAAUAAUAAUAGCAGUAACGUCAUUGAAGAAAAGCCUGUCAUUCAAUGGCCCUGUUCUUCAUCGUCCUGUGGAACAAAAAUUGGAUUUGGUCCAUUUGAAGUGAAUCAACUUACACCAUUACGUGUAUUGCACAGGCGAGCAUUAAUGACUCGUAAACGUGCUAUUCAUCAUGUCUGUUUUAUGUCAUAUAAAGAAGCAAUGCAAACUAAUAAUCCUGUGUUUGAUGAUUUCAAAUCAUGGUCAAAAUUAUAUUCAGAAGAUGAACUUUUCCUGUUGGAGUUACGUUGUGAAGCUGGUACUUAUGUUAAAGAAUUUGUACAUGGCGAUCUUGGUCGAUGUAAUCCUAGUUUAGCAAGUAUAUUUGAAUGUCAUGUAGAUAUAUUAGCGCUGGAUGUGAUUAGCGUUGAAUUGGAUUGGCCGAAACGUUUACAAAAUCCAUUCACCCUUUGACUUUGACUAAGAGAAAAGAUGUACAGAAGCCUCUUUUUUUCUUCUUAUUCUCUACUUUUGUAGUAAUAAUUUAUUGAUUUGUAUGGAAAAA